AUGACUCUGGCGCUGGUGGCCUUGCUGCUGCUGGCGCUUCACGGCGAGGCCAUGGACGCCUCGGCGACGGGUGCAGCCACGGAAAGCGAGGCCGAUCUGUUGUUGACGUUCAAAGCUGGGAUCACCAACUGGGAUGAGGCGGCAGCCGCGCGGGGGCUGCAGGGGUGGACGCAAUGCACUGACGACCCAGACUGCCUCCCCCUGUGCAACUGGAGCGGUGUAGAGUGCAACCCUUACCUCUCGCAGGCGGGCAACUUUGUGACCGCGCUGCGCCUGCCCUGCCGAGGCAGUUGCACGGUGCCCUUCCGUGGCCAGCUGACAUCUGGCCUGCACCGGCUGCAGCACAUAGCCUACCUGUACUUGGACGGCAAUGAGCUGUCGGGACCUCUACCGCUGGAGUGGGGAGAGCCGCGCAGCUUCCGGGCACUGCUUGAGCUCAACCUGAAUGACAACCAGCUGACGGGCAACAUGCCUGAUGUCUGGUCAGUAGGCCCGGCCUUUGAGACGUUGGCAGAUCUGCAGUUGGCAGGCAACCGGCUCAGCGGUCCAUUCCCCGCCGGUAACUUUGCCAACAACCAGAUGUCGGGGCCGCUGCCCUCGUACGUCAACGGCAUGAUCACGAUGUCCAUUGUGCGGCUGGAGAACAAUCUGUUCACAGGCACUCUGCCAUCUGACUGGGGAACGCAGGGAUACUUCUGGAAUUCCUCCUAUAAUGCAACCCAAGCGCUAGAGUAUCUCACGCUGCAUGGCAACCUCCUGACUGGCACACUGCCACCAGAGUGGGGCGAGCCUGGGUCCUUCACUGUGCUGAAGCAGCUGACGCUAUCAGACAACCCCGGCCUGAACGGCACCCUCCCUGCUGCCUGGGGCGCAGCAAACGACUCACUGCCUCAGCUACAGGACCUGAAUGUGUCCAACACGGGGCUGACGAUCUACGGCAAUGACCUCAGUGGCACCAUCCCCGCCAGCUGGUCUGAGCUGGCAAACCUGCAGGACAUCAUUGUUCAACCCGGCAAUCCAGACCUUUGUCCGACGGCGCCAGCCGGAGCGCCCUUUCAGGUCUGCGCCGCAGAAGAUGUGCUCUGCCUGGACACAUUAGCAUCCGACACCGCCGCCUGCGCAGCUCUGCCACCAUCCGGGAGCUCUGAUGGCGGCAGCAGCUUCCCCGUUGCCGCGGUGGCGGUGCCUGUGGCGGUGGCGGGUGUGGUGGCCGCCGAUCCCGAGACAGGUCUGUUUUACCCGGCAAGCGGCAAGCCGUCGCCUCAGCUUCCAAGCAGUGCAGGCUCGGCCGCGGCCAUCGUGGCGCAGCCCUCUGCUGGGGCAACCAGCGACAAGUUGCAGCCGUCAGGCCGCACUUCCAUGGAGGGGGGCGGUGCCAGCAGUGACAGCACCCCCUGCCUGUCUGCCAAGGAGCAGUCGGUGCUCCAGCUGUCAGACUGGGAGAUACGGCCAGAGGAGAUUGAGAUCCUGAGGCGGCCGGAUGGCGCAGACUGGCAGCUUGGCUCUGGCGGCUUUGGCACGGUGUACAAAGCCAUGCGCAACGGAGUGCAGCCUGUGGCAGUCAAGGCGCUGGGCUCCGUCAACUCCGAGGUGCUCAAAUCCAUGACUGAUGAAGACUUUGUGCAGGAGAUCUCCAUCCUGCGUGCCUGCCGAGACACCAACAUCCUGCAGUUCCAGGGUGCCUGCUUCAAGGACCAGCGCACGCUGCUGGUGACUGAGUACAUGGAGGGCGGCAACCUGACCCACAAUCUGCGUGGCAAGAAGGUCAGCUGGUACCGCAAAGGCAAAAAGAUCGCACUGGAUGUCGCUCGUGCGCUCGUCUACCUCCACUCUCGACGCAUCCUGCACCUCGACAUCAAGUCGGCAAACGUGCUGCUGACCAGGGAUGGCACCGCCAAGGUGGGCGAUGUGGGGAUGGCCAAGAUCAUGGCGGGCGAUUAUGUGUCGGGCGUGGUAGGAACGCUGGCCUGGUCGGCGCCGGAGCUGCUGAUGGGCCAGCGGUGCGGCGCCAAGGCCGAUGUCUACUCCUUUGGAGUGGUCCUCUGGGAGAUUUGCACCGGCAAACUACCUGUGCGCGGGCAGCUGCGCGACCCAAAGGUGCCCGAGGAGUGCCCUGCCGAGGUGGUUCAACUCAUGUAUCGCUGCCUCAGUCCCGACCCCGCCCUGCGCCCCACCUCCACGGAGCUGGUGGAGCGGCUGAUAGAGGCCAAUGCGAUGCCGCCGCAGCUGGAGGUGCUGCAGUCUGUUGGGUCGGGGGCCGCGCUGUCCUCGCCCUCUGCUUUGGCCACGCCCUUUGGAGCCUUCGGCCCAUCUAGCGGUAAUGCGCCGCUCACUAAGAGCAGCUCAGCCCUGGAGGAGAGCCUGGUCACUGAGCUGACAGAGGAACUGUCCCGGGAAGGGGUGCAUUCGCCGCACGGCCCCCUGUCUGGCGCCAGCUCGGGCACGGGGCGAUCGCAGGGCAGCCGCAGCGGCCGCUCGCGCCGCGAGAAGGACAGCUCGGGCAGCCUACAGCGGCGCCUGGUGCUCACCUCCUCCUCUGGCUCCCGCUCGUCACCCUUCACGCGCUUCACUUCGCCCCCAGCGCCCGCGACCACUGGCUCAUGA